AUGGCAGGCCGAGUUCAACACAGCCAAGCAAAUCAGAUACCUUUCAAACACAUCGACGACCGACUUCUUCUGGCAGGAUUGGAAACCAAAUGGGACUCCUCUGACCGCUUGGCUGUGCCGAGUUUGAGCAUACCUAAGCCUGGCAUGUAUGAUCGAUCACCGCUUAGCCCAUGCCCCUCAUUUACUUCGCGAGCAAGUCCAACAAUGAGUUCACCCACCACGACUGAAUCGAAGUAUAACAAGCCGCUUCCCCCAGUUCCUCAUCCAAAAGAGAAACACCUUCAGCCCUUACAUCAAUCAGGCUCACCCGCCUACGAUUCCAGGCUCAACGGCACCUCGACCUACAACACCGCAACCGCCGAUGGCACCUCGGCCCUUUACUCCGCGAUCCAUGACCCCUCAACCAUCACUGGCCAGAUCAAUGACUCCACAACCCUUGAACAUGCGACCUAUGACUCCUCAGCCAUUGAACACCCGGCCCAUGACCCCUCAGCCUUCAAUGGGGCGACCAACAACCCCCAAGGCAUUGAAUCCACGGCCCCUGACACCUGGACGCCGCGUCCUGAUGGCCAGCGCUCAUUGAACCCCGAAUUCUCCUUAGCCGCCGCUGCAGCAUUAGAAGCAUAUCCGAACGAACCUUCAUGGCCACAACACGUCGAUUCUCAGCCCGAAACAGGUCUCUUUCCUCCGUACAGUGCUGAGAAAUCAGGUCUCUUUCCUCCGUAUAACCCCAAUGCCGCCGCAUCAGCUCCAACCCGAUCUGACGGCCAAUCCAAGCUACUAUCAAAGAAGCCAUCAGAGCAAAGACUAUCCUCCAAGGACGAAGGGGAAGAAAAACCUUUGUGGCGGACGCUGAAAGCCGGAGUACGACGCGUUCUCACUACUAAAGCAUCAUCUUCCAACUCGAAGAAGUCCAGGUCCCAGAAUGACAGAAGAGCAUCCAUCAUAUUUCGCAUGUCGACAAGCCCGCAAAAACAACAAGAACCUGGGGUCCAGCAGCAUGAUUGGAUGCAGAAUGAAGAGAAGGAGGAUGAAGAGCGAUAUCAAGACGCAGUCACCCGCAUGAAGAAUGUGCUUGCCAGUCUAUUAGAGGACGGCUACUCGAUGGAUGUGAUCCUCCAAGCUGAAGCGAAUCAAAAAUUUCUGCGAUCCCUCUUCUUACGGGUCCAAAACGAUCCUCUUCUCGGCUUGGACAUUGCUCCGCCAGCUCCUCCAGCUCUACCCCCGCCUCCUCACCUAAACCAUCAUAAUUACUCUCAUUCCGCCAGUCCUCUUUCGCCUGCUCCUACCGCUCCUCUGCCUCCCCUUCCUUUCUCAUCGGCUCAUCCUCCCUCCACCCCCGCUUCCCCCGCUCCGACCUCCAAAACCCGCAAGACAGGGUUUGGAGAUGAGGAUGCGUGGGAAUAUGUUGGCUACGAAGACGACGCAACGAUGCAGGAUGAUGGACCCUCAGUACACUUCUUCAACAUUGCUGACGAUAAAUCGGACACAUCCAGCAACUACCCACGCUACACAAAAAUGAUGGCGGAGAUCGAAGACGACCUCACCAAAGCAUUCCCGCCGACCCGAUGGAGUCUUACCAAGCCUGGUCUGGAGGACAUGACCCUCCAAAUACUCCUGCAGAUCGACGAUCUGGACGAUCUCUUUGCCUUCGCCCAGGUCAGCCGCGCCACCUACCACGUCUUCAAGCGGCAUGAAUUGCCUCUGAUGCAGAAUACCAUCCGUCAUAAAUCGCCCGCAGCAUGGGAGCACCGCCAAAUGAGCGAUAUCAACUCGCAGGAAUCCUCUUCCGAAGAAUUCUUCACGGCGGCCAUCUACUACCGCCACUAUACCCGGGACCAGCGCACGCUCGCGACCCUCAAGGGCCUGAUGAUGACCCAUUGCCGCGCCGUCAUGCGCUCAGCCUCCUACACUGCGCUCUCCCGACCCUCCAGCCCGGCGGCCCGCAAGAUCGACAACGCCAUCUGGCGCGUCUGGACCUUCUGCCACCUGUUCGGCAUGCAGACGGGCCGCGAGAACGACAUCGACGGCCAGGUCGGCUGGCUGCGCGGCGAGAUGCGCUCCCCCUUCCAGCCGUGCCCGGACCCCAACGACGUCUGCAGCAUCCUGUUCGACCCGCCCCCCGGCUUUGGCGAGGGCAACCCCGGCGGUCUUUCGGUGACCGACAUGCAGGACAUGGACGAGGUGUGGACGUGUCUGAAAUACAUGUUCGGGUUCCUGCGCGGCGAGACGGAGCGCGCCCGCCGCUUCGGCGUCUUCGCCAAUGCCGGCAGCGGCGGCGGGGGCGCCUCCUCGGACAACGACAAGAAGAAUCAGGGCAUGAUCGUGCUGCAUGAGUGGGUCUACUACCUCAUGACUCUCGGCCCCGGGGCGGUCGUUGAGUUGGCGCCCCUGGGCCCGGAUACGCAUGCGGAGACGACGUUCCAGCGCGCCAUGUCUCGUGGGUGGACGAAGUGGUCGGCUCCGCGGCCGGGCGCGACAAGGAGUGCCUUCUUGACUGAUGCGUUGGGGAGGGUGUCUGGGGGACUACGACGAUUGGAGGAGCUGCAGAGGGAACUGUGGUAUAAUUACUUGUGA